AUGGACAGCAACAUGAGUCUCUUCGACCAGAGUUUGAAGGACUUCUUUGACGUCUAUGUUCCGUUUGACGGUCAAUUGGUUGGCUGUCGACCGUGGUCAGACCCGGCUGCUGUCUUUGCAGACGUCCCUUUUUCGGAACCGGAGACGGAAAGGUGCUCAAAGCUGAUCGAAGCACUCGAGAGCAUUGUUGGCGAUUUUGAGCCCGAGCGCAAGCCGCAUUUCGCCGAUAGCAGCAGAUGCGACGCGAGCGGCGACGAAAAGUGGGGGCAUACGUGGCGAGACAUAUCAAUGGUUUUUGAAAUCGAGCAAGAAAAACACAAAGACCCAUUUGGCGACUAUGGCCCACAAAACUAUAAUUCAGCGACGAGCGGGCUCAUACAAGUCGCAAAGAGCGCAAGGAACAUCAUGCUGACCCACGGGAUGCUCUUUGUGUACGUCGUCGGCAUUUACGACACCAUGGCUCGAUCUACCGGUUCGAUCAUGCAGCGGGAGUCGCAUCCCGAUCCUGGCGACGAGGAGCACAAGAGCAGGGAGCCGUCUCACGGAGGACGAGAAGCAAGCGUGCCGAUGGAUGACGGCGAUCAAUACAACGAGGAUGGCUCGGAGCUUGGGGCGGUGAGGUAUCUACUCUACCGACUUCGUGACCUGAAUCCGCGGCUAUUCUCGCGAUCGACGACAGUCUGGGACGCACUCGAGGAAGGGACGUGGCAGUUCUGCGCAAUCAAGGAGGCAUGGAGGCAACUCGCUCACGACCGUGAAGAUGUGCUGUACAACCACCUUCGUGAAGCGUACCGCAACCGGCCGUGGUGGGAGAUGGUCGAAGACCACGUAUUUAUGCACUGCAACGACGAGCCUGGUCCGGGAAAACCCUUGCUACCUGACGGGUUUCAGCUGGACGACGCAGGAUGUCCCAUACUCACGGAAAAGUUGGAGGAGAUGGUGGUUGCCGCCUCGCUCGACAUAGGCGUCACAGAAUUAUACGGACUUCCGGACGUAGCAUAUGGCGAAGACCUCGGCGCACGUGAAGCAGCUAAGGUCCUGUCAAGUCUGCGCAGCUCCAGAUCGUCGACUUUCGAGGUAAGUGACGCAGACCUGGAUUUACUUGCCAGCAGUGCCGAUCGACCGCCUGCGUACGAGGCCUACCAUCGCACAGUCUGUGGCUGGCUGAUGAGUGCUGAGGAAGCGACCUACAAUGAACGGAGCCAUAUGCGACUGGUGAUGAGGACUGUCGGCCGCCCCUUGUCGGACUUCAGGUCGACGAAGGAACUCGUCAGAGCCCUUCGAGACGCUAUCCACGGGCAUCGGCAGGCAUAUCGGGCAGGCAUGAUCCAUCGUGAUAUCAGCGAAGGAAAUGUGAUGAUUGUUGACGACGGAAUGUGUUCCUUCGUCGGCUUUCUGCUCGAUCUCGAUUACGCCUUUGAUUGGAAGGCGGCGCUACGACACGCGGGCUGGCCGGUCAACGAGGCACGUUGGAAGGAAUUCGUCAAUGCAUACAACGAAAAUCCGCCUGACCCUCAUCGUCCCGUGCCUCCUGAAACGCACACCCCCGUUUUUGGCCCUGGAGCAAAGGACAAUAUAGGACAGGAUAACGAGUUUGACCAGGCUAAGUUGCAAGUGAAGAUGAAGUUGAGGGAGAGAAUAGGCACGCUUGACUUCAUGGCCAUCGAGAUACUAGAGACGUAUCUUGUCCAUGACGUCCACCACGACCUUGAGUCCUUCUUCUGGCUCUUAUUGUGGAUUGUUCUGCGACAUACAAACCACACAAACCAUUCGAGUCACGUUAUCUACCUAGAGAUUUUCAAUGCGCAGGACGACAAGAACAGCGCACAGAAGAAGAAGUAUUUCCUCACAGAAUCGAUGGAAUGGGAGGUGAAGGAUAACAAGCCACUGACAACUCUCAUCUACGACUUCAAAGACUUAUGCCUCGACAACGUCCCGACGCGUGGCGACCGAGGGUCAGCCACAAUUUCUCUCACUUACGAGAGCGUAUUGGCAGUCUUCGACAAGGCACUUGCGGAUCCGUCUUGGCCGGAGAACGACAGUGCGCUGCCGUUCAAGCUUCCACGCGAUGCCAGUAAUUCGCAGUCGGGGCAAAACGAAUCUGCAGAAUCGCGUCAGGACGAGAAACGCACCAGGGGAGCUGACGACAUGGACCGCAUUGAGGAGAAGGUGGACAACGACGAUCCAUUUGGAAUGCGAAAACGUGCUCUUGGCAAGAAGUCACAGGUCGACGGGUGA